UGGAUUUAAUUAAACAGUAAACUAUCAACUCUUUUGUUUCCCUCCAGGUUACUUUGAUGAUAGUGAAUAAACAGAGACUUGUUUUGGCUUUGAGAAAAUAGGGUCUGGCCUGAACGUUUGAAUUGCUUCAUUAUAAAUGAAAAUAAGCUUAAGAAUUUCCUGAGCACUCUGGUCUCAGUAGCAGGAUUUCUGAGAAGAGGAACCUUGUCCAUUCAGCCAGACUAAGAUGAUUGUAAAAGGCUAUGGAUUUUUUAAUGACUAGAUUUAAUCCUCAAAUGUAUUUUUGCAGUGUACACUUUGUAAUGUUUAGCAAAAAACUUUGAGUUAAAGCAAAACCUUUAAUUCUUAAGAUUUUAUGUGUAGAAAAUACUUGGUGGCUAGAUGAGAAACUGAAUUCUCAGUAUGUAAUAUUUUCCAGAAAAUGCUUCUGGCUUAGUGGCAGAGACUCUGUACAGCCUGAGAAGGAAGGUGUGUGUUUGUGUCACUGUGCAAUUAAAGCUAAUUUAAAUUGGAAAAUUUAAAGCUAAUUUAAAGUGGAAAGUGAGUAUAUAUUAGAAAUAUGAGGUCUGCUUCUGUAGGUAGGCUGUAAUACACCAAAUAAAUCCAUCAAUUAAUAAGAAGGCUCCUUUAAUACUAUGGGAAAGGCACUGGUUGCAGCCAUGCAGCAGAGUUGGGAGUGCCUUGGGGUUACAUUCACCUGUUCAAACACUAAGAAUGUGCUUUGGAUUGGAAGCUUUUCUAUGACAUGGUGGUUUACAGCACCUCCUGAAUUUGUUCUGUUGCGUUUAUUAGGUUAAGCUGUAAAGGACCCUACAGCUGUUGAAAGAGCAAAUUUGUUGAACAUGGCUAAACUGAGUAUCAAAGGACUCAUUGAAUCAGCCUUGAGCUUUGGGCGCACUCUGGAUUCUGACUACCCACCUUUGCAGCAGUUCUUUGUUGUCAUGGAGCACUGCCUGAAGCAUGGCCUGAAAGUAAGAAAAUCCUUCCUGAGUUACAAUAAAACCAUCUGGGGUCCUCUGGAACUUGUGGAGAAAUUAUAUCCAGAAGCUGAGGAAAUAGCAGCAAGUGUCAGAGACUUGCCUGGCCUUAAGACACCGCUGGGCCGUGCCCGGGCCUGGUUGCGGCUAGCGCUGAUGCAGAAGAAAAUGGCCGAUUAUCUUCGCUGUUUAAUCAUUCAGAGAGACCUCCUCAGUGAGUUUUAUGAGUAUCAUGCACUCAUGAUGGAGGAAGAAGGAGCAGUUAUUGUUGGGCUCUUAGUUGGGCUAAAUGUGAUCGAUGCCAACCUGUGUGUGAAGGGAGAGGACCUGGAUUCACAAGUUGGGGUGAUCGAUUUCUCUGUGUAUUUGAAGAGUGAUGAUGACAUUGGGGGUAAAGAAAGGAAUGUACAGAUUGCUGCAAUAUUGGACCAAAAGAAUUAUGUUGAGGAACUAAACAGGCAACUGAAUAGCACAGUUAGCAGUCUACAUGCAAGAGUUGACUCACUGGAGAAAUCAAACACUAAACUGAUUGAAGAGUUAGCAAUAGCGAAAAACAAUAUAAUUAAACUUCAGGAAGAGAACCAUCAAUUAAGGAGUGAAAAUACUCUGAUUUUAAUGAAAACACAGCAUCAUCUAGAGGCAGCUAAAGUGGAUGUGGAAGCAGAGCUUCAGACGUACAAACACUCGAGGCAGGGCUUGGAUGAGAUGUACAACGAGGCUCGCAGGCAGCUCCGGGAGGAGGCACAGCUGCGGCAGGAUAUGGAGAACGAGCUAGUGGUUCAAGUUAGCAUGAAGCAUGAGAUAGAGCUUGCCAUGAAGCUGCUGGAGAAGGAUAUCCACGAGAAGCAGGACACUCUCAUCGGCCUGCGGCAGCAGCUUGAUGAAGUUAAAGCAAUUAACGUGGAAAUGUACCAAAAGCUGCAGGUUUCUGAAGAUGCUAUGAAAGAAAAGAAUGAAAUAAUUAGUCGAUUAGAGGAUAAGACCAAUCAAAUUAAUGCAACUAUGAAACAGCUAGAACAAAGAUUGCAGCAAGCAGAGAAGGCUCAAAUGGAGGCUGAGGCUGAGGAUGAGAAACUUAAACAGGAAUAUGUGAAUAAAUCUGAAAGCCUGCAGAACGAAUUCUCCCAGAAGGAGAAACAGCUGCUUCAGCUGGAAACAGAUUUGAAGAUAGAAAAAGAGUGGCGGCAAACCCUAGAAGAUGAUCUUCAAAAGGAAAAGGAAACUGUAUCUCAUCUGAGAACAGAGACACAAGAAAUAGUUAACCUUAAGAAAGAGUUCCUGAAACUUCAGGAGAAGAACAAGCACCUGAAAAGCAUUUGUGAGGACCAGGAAGCUGCUCUCCAGGAACUGGCAUCUAAGCUGAGCGAAUCAAAGCUGAAAAUAGAAGAUAUAAAAGAAGCGAACAAGGCAUUGCAGGGCCAGGUUUGGUUGAAGGACAAAGAGGCCACUCAUUGCAAGCUGUGUGAAAAGGAAUUUUCGCUUUCCAAAAGGAAGCAUCACUGCAGGAACUGUGGGGAGAUCUUCUGCAAUGCCUGUUCUGACAAUGAGCUGCCUCUGCCCUCUUCACCAAAGCCUGUCCGUGUCUGUGACUCCUGCCAUGCAAUACUUAUACAGAGGUGCUCUUCUAACGUGCCAUAAGAUAUUUAUUAACUCUGGUGCUUAGCUCAUCCUGUAAAAACCACUACACCAACUAAAGAAUGUACAGCAGUAUUUCCAGACUUUCCAAGUAAGCAGUGUGUAGAGUUACCAUUUCAAGGUACUGUGGACGAGUUACUUCUCUGCUUCCUCUUGAAACAAAUGGAGACAAUGGGACCUAAAUGUACAAAAUACACAUCUAAAAUUAAAAAAAAACCAACUAGCUGGGUAUGUUAGUCUAGCAAAUGGCUCAGCAGCUAUUUUGGGAGGAAGCAGGGCAGUUUAUCCAGGAGACUCAGUUAAUGUGUAUUGGAUGAGUAUUUUAGUUGUUAAGAUGAUCUGGAGAAAGGUGAUACUCCUACAGGCUGGUGUGCCACAAGUCCAACCUAAUUCUGCCACAGAGUGUGCCUGUGACAGCACAAAUAUUGAUGUUGUGAAGCAAAACCAUGCAGCAGCUGCUUUUAAAUGGUACUGGAAAAAACCAUGGCAAUUAAUGCAGCGGUGUGAGAAGUUAUUGCCAAAUACCGAGUACUUGUUCGCUUCCUCUUCACUUGGCAGGGUUUGAGACAUCUGAGAAUGUUGCACUGGAGCUUUGGUCAGCCAGGGAACACGCAGUGCCUCGGGGCACUCGCUGAAGGAAGGUGUGUUUUGCUGAAUGAUUUUUUUUCACAUCAAUUAAUAAUUUGAUGUUUGUGUGUUUCCAUUGAAAGAGAGCUGUUCACCACACACCUCUCGUCUGACAUUGUCUGUAACCUUGAACCAGUCUCCGCGUUGUUUUCAUGCAAGUCAUGCUCUCAGGCUUGUCCGUGGAGUCACUGCAUAGCUCUAGAAACCACCUAGAAAGACUGGGAUUAAAUACUGGGGAUCACAUCCUUCCUGUGCUGGACUGGAGGUUCUUCCUUGUUUUGUCACCAUCUUUCUCAAACUUCUAGAGUUGGUUCCUAAACUUCAUUUUUUUGCAGAGCACUUUUGAGCCUUUCUGAGUCUAACCACUCAUGUCACUGAUAGUAACUUUUGCAGGAAUGUGAAAUCCUUGUUCUUUCCAUAGGCAAAUAGAAAUAAUAUCCUUUGAUAAAUUGCCCUCACACCCUCUUCCCUUUAGCCACUCCAGCCCUGGACCCUCCAGAAUGACCAGCCCUGUAGUUCCUUCAGCCGUGGGCACUGCUGGCAGCAGAAGGGAGGCUGCAAACAGCUCUUUUAGUUGUCCUUGCACUUUGUUUAGCUUGGCUUUGUCUCUGAGGAUAGGGAUUUAGUGAAUAUUCUAAAAGCUAACAUAGCUAUUCUUUUUAACACCUCAAUGUAGUUGCUUAUGUAGCUUUUGUAAAGGAAAGUGUUUUUAAAAUGACCUGAUGUAACUUUUUGUAAAAUACCACACAAAUACUUGUAAAUCUGUAAAUAACUUUUGGAAAAAAAUAAAUUUAAGUUAUCUGAGAAUAAUUCCACUUAAUUUAAAUUUGUCAUUCAGAGUAUUUUAUUUUGUUAUGACUUGUUCAAGUUGCUUAGAAAGCCUUUGCCUGUGCUGGGGAGUGGAGUACCCUGCUGAAGACACAAUCAGGUGCUGCUCACGUGCUUCCUGAGUGUGUUUCCAGGUGAGCUUUACAUGGGGCAGGCAUGGAGGCAGCAGGGUUUGAUGCAGGAUAGGGAGGGUAGGAUAAAGCUAAUCUGUACUGCUUUAAUAAGUAACUUGUCAAAAGGGAUGCAACUAAACAGAAAUCAUUUAAAACAGGUAGUCUUUUAAAAUAAGAAUACAGUGUAUUUCCAUAACGUGCAAUAAAUUAAUUGUUACUUAACUGCCAUCUUUUCCUCCCCUCUGUGCUGUCCUAUUUGCAUAGGAGAAGUGUGCAAUUAUUCAGAUUGCUGUUACUGACUGCAGGUAAGGCUUCUGCCUCAAACCAAAUGAAUGCUGGAUGUUCCAUAUGGUUUCAUUUCCCUUGGCAUCAAACUACAUACCUGGCCUGCUUUUGAGGCUUUUGGACACCACUGUGACUAAUGCUGUAUCUUUUGUGGUUCUGUAAAACCCUGCUCUUGAUUCAGAAUCCUUCUCUCAGAGCACAGCAAGAGUGGGGUACCCACGAGAACCUGGAACUGUUCAGACAGGAUCAGAGCAUUUUAUUCCUCCUGGGCAAUGAAGUCACUUCUGCCCUCCUGCUCUGGGGGCGUUGUUCGCAAGCCCCCGGAGACAAUCCGGUGCUGCUCCUGCUCUCCACCCCGCCCCAAUGCCCGUGUUUGCUCCGCCUGCCCGGGAGCGAAGGGAGCGCCCGGCCCUUCCUGGCAGGAGCCGGGGCUGCAGCACACACACGGCAGUGAAACUGCGGCGGCCUCUCGGGAGGGGCAGAGCUCUGCUCGCGGCUCCCCGAGCGCUUCCUCUGCCGCUCCAACACCGCUCCGCUCAGCGGAAGGCUCAGGGCUGCUCUGGCCGCAGGGUGCGGGACAGGACGGACUCGCUGCCCUGCGCUUGUACCGGAGCACAAAGCACAAAGCACAGCCCCAGCCCGCUCUCCAAAGGCGAGUCCCGGGCAGCUGGCAGGGCUCCUCCUCCCCAGGUGCAAGGCCAGGUGUUCCCGAGGGAGGAGGAAGCGCUGCAGAGCUGCCGGAUUGAGCAGCUCAUUCUCACCUUACUCUGCGCUACUUCUCCUGCAGCUCACUUAACCCUGGUGCCACUUGGAACCAAGAGCCCCCUAUUUCUGCAGAGCAACAAUGGUUCAAGUGCUAAAGAACUCACUUCCCUCCCCUUCCUAGCCAACACUGCUCCAGUGCCUGGAAAGCUUCCUGUGCCAGUUACCCUUUUCAGCUCUUCCAGUCCCAGACACCCAAACACAUUCUCUAGUGAAAUAAACUCCAUUCUCCUCUCUCCCACAAGAAGACAUUUAUUACAGAUAUAACACAGUACUAGCAAAACAGGUGACAGACUUGCAAUACCCAAGAUCACAUUUGACAUUUUAAGGGAGGCAUUGAGGACAAAGCAGUUAAUUUGGGAGAUCACACUGGCUCAGAAGAAUAAAUACCUUUUUCCAUUACACAUCAGGUAUGUUAAGUGUCUUCAAACAAUAAGUUUCUUACAUAUCUUACAUGUCACAAAUGCACAGAAAGAUUUAUCAACGUGUUUGGGUUGUGUGUUACUGAAAAAGUAUUGGGCCUAUAGAGAUUUUAGAGACCUUGGCUUCUAAUGAGC